AUGAUGGAUGUGAUGAGUGAUGACGUGGGAGUGGACUCUGGAAAGGGAGAAAAUCAAAUGAACGAGGAGGUACCACAUGUCGACGUUAAAAAAGCCAAAGUGGACGAGGUUAUUCCACAUGUCGAUGCUGAAAUAGCAUGUACAGGGAAGUAUGAUCACUUGUCAAGGGAAAUGCAGGAAUACUAUGUAGGGGUGCCAUACAGCUGGGAAUAUGUAGAAGACAGCAAGGGGUGGUUCGUAAUCGAAACGAGCAAGAAUUAUAAAUUUUAUUUUAAUAAAAAAACAAAUGAAAAAACAUGGAAGUGUCCAAAGGAGGUGGAAAUUUUGAUGAAGAAAAAACAAGGCAAACGAGCUAUUAACAAAUCGGGAGAAAAGAACGAUAACUGCCAUUUUAGUGACGAGCAACAUUGCAAUGGCUAUGGAACUACAAAUGACUAUGCUAUAGGAGAUAACAAAUCAUGUGGCAUAACAAACUCUAAAUGGAGAAAUAGUUAUGGAAAAAUUGAUAUGGAAAAAAUUUUAAGGGAAUAUAAAGACCUUCUAAUUGAGAAGAACAUGGACAAGUUUUGUAAGUACGAUAAUGUGUUAGCACAUAUUUUGUAUGACCAAAGGUAUUUGAAUGUGCCAAAAGAAUUGAGGAAGGAAUAUUUUCACAAAAUAAUAAAAGAAAUUGAUGAAGAUAAAAAAAGAGAACUAAAAAUGUUAAUAGAAAAUUUUCAAAAUUUAUUAAGUAAGGUGGGUGACGAAAUUGUAUACCCAUUUAAUGAGUCAGAUGCAAUUUCCCUUUUGAAAGGGAAAGAAGGGUUUGAAGGGAAUCACACGAAAAAUUGGAAUUUUACGAGAAAUAAAUUAUUAAAAGAAUUUUUAGAAAAAAAGAAAAAAGAUAUGGAAAAGGAGAUGGAGCAAAAUUUCGAAAUUGUUUUAAAUAACCAUUUGAAAGAGGCAAGUCCGGGGGGGUGGAUUAAAAUAAAAAAUAAUUUAGGAAAAAAUAAAAAGUAUGAAAUUUUAUCUUAUGAUAAAAAAAAUCAAAUAUUUCAAAGCGUAAGUCAGAAACUGUUAGAAAAACGGAAAAAUAAAUGUUCACCAAAUGAUCAGGAAUUAUAUCCCCAAAGAUCUCGUGGAUCCCGUACAUGGGAGCAUGAUGAGAAAACCUCAGUUCGACAUUCAAAAGACGGACGUGUUAGUGGAAAGGAAAGGGCAAAUAUGGAUGAAAGAAACCUUUUUUUAAGCCUCUUACACGAGAAAUUAAAGAAGCCAACUAUGGACGAGAACAUUUUGAAAUAUGACACAUUUCCAAUGAAAAAAUAUUCCAAUUUUGAAGAUGCUUUUAAAAUCCCAACUGAUCUUACAAAAGAUGAAAGAUACAAAAAUAUCCGUUUAAGUGACAUGGAAAAAUUUGACUUGUACAAAAAAUUCAUUAACAGUUACAUAAAUUCGAAACGAGAUAUGUUCGAAAAGCUCCUACACGAAGUUCCUAUUAAUUAUGUUAACAAGUCUAUACAUGAUAUUAUAAAAUUGGUCGACAAGGAAGACAGAAUUUUUACGUCCAUAAAAUUGGAACAUUUGGAAAUGGUUUUUUCGAAAUGGAAAAAUUACAAAAUUAGGGAGGCAAAAAAAAUGUUUACGGAUUAUUUAAAAAAAUCGAAUUUUGUUAAAUACAAUUCGGACGAACGAGACAAUUACGAGAGACUACUUGGAGUCCUAUCUCAGGAUCUAAGCUACGAACUACUGAAGUGCGUUCCCAUGGAAAGAGAAAGUAUUAUAAAAGAAAGGAUUAAGGAGUUAAAAGCAGAACACGAGAAAAAUAAAAAUUUAGCAGAAAAACUGAACCGUUAA